CUAAUUGUGAUUAAAGAAAAUAUAAUGUUUACCUUUGCUUCAUAAAAAAAAAUAUUGGCCUUUUGGCCUUGGUAGAUUGCCUAAGUCGUCCUCCAAGGCUGGAAUUGGCCAUGUGCGUGUUAUUCCGAACAAAAUAUGGUUAAUAAACAGAUUGAAUUGAUUUGAUGCUGUUUCAUCUAACCUGAUUGAUUAAGUAGUUAAGUAAGUUGCAUGUAGGAUUGACUAGUACUCGACUUGACCUCCAAAUAAUACAAUGAUUCAUAUAUGAUACAAUGCAACUCAAUUACUUGGUUCACUGUUGUUCCUGAUUUUUGUUGUCCUUAAUUUGUAUAUGGAAGCAAAAUAGAUUAUAAGAAGCUUCUGAACUUUGAUGCUCUUACAAGGAGCCUAUAUAUCCUUGAUUUCUGCUAACAAAAAGAAUAUCCUACAGACAAUGCCAAUUGCCAGAAAUUAUUAUUCAACUGGUCGUUUAGACCUAUGUUUAUGGGUAAGAAUAAAAACAUAUCUUGAUGUCUUACUAUAUAAUGCUGCAAGCCACAUGAGUUCAGCAUGACCCGCAAAUAUGGCCUUAUACAAUCUCUCUGUGCUCGAUGCUCUCGACACUGCACGAAUGCAAUGGUAUCAUGUCACUGCCAUUUUGAUUGCCGGGAUGGGCUUCUUCAGUGAUGCUUAUGAUCUUUUUUGCAUCUCCACUGUCUCCAAACUUUUGGGUCGUCUUUAUUAUUACGACCCAUCGAGUCGGCAUCCCGGCAAACUUCCUCCUACGGUUAACAAUUUUGUUGUUGGUGUUGCCCUAGUUGGUACCUUGAUCGGUCAGCUUGUCUUCGGCUUCCUUGGUGACAAACUAGGUCGAAAAAAAGUCUAUGAUUCUGGCUCGGAUUUGGAAUUGGUGGAGAUUAUCCCCUCUCGGCCACGAUCAUGGCUGAAUAUGCUAACAAAAAAACACGUGGGGCUUUUAUAGCUGCAGUGUUUGCCAUGCAAGGUGUCGGUAUCAUCUUUGCUGGGCUGGUGUCCAUGAUCGUUUCUAGUAUCUUCCUAUCCGAGUAUGGAGGACCAAAAUUCCGUGAAAACCACAUCCUUUCUACAGAACCUGAAGCAGAUUACGUAUGGCGAAUUGUGUUGAUGCUUGGGGCUCUUCCAGCUCUUCUAACUUUCUAUUGGAGGAUGAAGAUGCCAGAAACAGGUCGUUACACCGCACUUAUAGAAGGGAACGCUACACAAGCUGCCAUUGACAUGGCUCAUGUUCUUGAUAUCGAAAUUCCAGCAGAUCAAGACAGGUUAUCACAGUUCAAGGCCGCCAAUGACUACCCAUUACUCUCAAGAACGUUCCUUGAACGCCAUGGGCGUCACCUAAUUGGUACGAUGAGCACAUGGUUUUUCUUAGACACAGCCUACUAUAGUCAACACCUAACUCAAAAAGACAUAUUUCCAGCUAUGGGCCUCACUCAAGCAGAUGUUGAUGUAAGUGCUCUCAGAGAAAUGUUUGAGACAUCACGAACCAUGUUUGUCGUUGCAUUGCUUGGCACAUUCCCUGGGUACUGGUUCACCGUCUUUUUCAUUGAAACCAUCGGUCGAUUCUUCAUUCAACUUGUUGGGUUCUUCAUGAUGUCCAUCUUCUUGCUGAUUAUGGGAAUCAAAUAUGAUUACCUUAAAGAGAGGGAGAAUAACUGGAUCUUUGCAGCUUUGUAUGGAUUGAUCUUCUUUUUUGCGAAUUUUGGCCCCAACAGCACAACCUUUGUUCUUCCGGCUGAGCUUUUUCCUACGCGAUUGAGAUCAACAUGUCACGCAUUGAGUGCCGCUUCUGGGAAGGCUGGGGCAAUGAUUGCAGCGUUUGUGUUGCAGAACUACGCCAUGAAUGUUAACCAAAUUAAGCACAUAAUGGUUUUUUUGGCACUUACAAGUAUGUUUGGGUUCUGUUGUACGUUUUUAGUGACCGAGACCAAAGGCCGAUCAUUAGAGGAAAUUUCAGGCGAGAACGGUGCUCAAAAGGAGACUAACCCGGCUACUAAACUGCGAAUGGCUCCUGGCCGAGAAGCCAUUUAGCUAGGAGUGAUGGCAAGCAGGCUUCUUUGUUCCGCAAAAGAGUUUGUUCGGCAGGUCUAGCACUUUCAGCUCAACUUUUUUUUUUUACCAAACUUUCAGCUCAACUUGAAGGUUGUGUUUUGUACAGUGUUUUUUGUAUCUUUCACACAUCUUCUAGUAUUCUAAGAAUAAUGUAACAUGAACUUAAAAAAUUAAAUA